UUCUCUGACUGUAAUGACUGACGAGAUCUCAAACGCAUUGUUUUUAUUAUGCCUGUGUGAAGUUGUAAAUUUUUUUGUUUCUUAUUCAGAAUAAUUGCUGAAUCCGAACAGAUAUUAAGGUUUUGGUGCAGUUAUCAUCUUCUAAAUUACUUUAAUAAUCAACUCGCUGAGUUUCUAUAAAACAUAUAAAUAACAUUUAAAAAUGGUUGGUUUGGACACCGACAUGAACCGGGACGACGAAUGCGACAAUAUUGGUUUGGGAUGUGCUCUAGAGCACUUCUCAGAGGUGGAAGAUGUGUUAAACAUGAUCGACAAUGUGAAAAAUAUUUAUAACACGCCAUCAUUAGAAGCCGAAUAUGAUAAGCUUUACGGUAUCCUGAAGCAAUAUUAUGAACAGCCACACUUGCUCGAUCCCCACUUGGAUAAAAUGUUGUCAAAGUUUCUGAGCCUGAUCAAAGAUAAAGACUCGCCGGUUGAGUUAAAGCAUGCUACUUUUAAUUACAUGUAUCAAAUCAUAAGAGUGAGGGGCUACAAGGUUGUCAUUAGGCAUCUUCCUCAUGAGGUUUCAGAUCUGCUGACAGUAUUGACAUUCCUGGAGGCUCAGGAUCCCAAUGAUAAGGAAACUUGGAGGAGCAGAUUUGUACUGCUGUUGUGGCUCUCUAUUGUAGUUAUCAUUCCUUUUCACAUGAGCAGACUUGAUGGUUUUGCACCGGGACAACCAGAUGCUGAUGGGUCAAAGAAGUUGACAGUUAUGGAAAGGAUAUUCAAUAUCUGUAAAACUUAUGCUAUGUGUAGAGAUUCCUGUGCUGAAGCCAGUGCCUAUUUAGCUUCUAAGUUUCUCAUAAGAUCUGAUGUAAAGGAACUAUACAUGAGUGCUUUCUUUGACUGGGCCUGUGAUCUACAUUCCAAUCUGAAAGAAGAAGAAACUAUCCACUAUGGUGUACUAGCAGCAGUUGCAGCGGUCUUGAAGCAUGGGAAAAGAGAUGACCUAUUGCCUUUGGCACCAAAGUUACUGGAGUGGGUGACCAAACAAAACUAUAACAACCAUUCAGCUAUGUUGGUCAGAAAAUACGGAGUUAAGAUAGUGCAGAGAAUUGGUUUAACAUUCCUUCGGCCACGCGUGGUGUCCUGGCGCUACACGCGCGGCUCCCGCUCACUGGCCGUGACGCUGGGCGGAGUAGCGGCCGCCGGCGACACCGAGCCCACAGCUACCGCACCACCCGAUGAUGAUGACCACGACAUCCCUCAAGAGGUAGAGGAUGUAGUGGAGCUGCUGUUAUGUUCUCUACGCGAUGACGACACUGUAGUGCGAUGGUCCGCCGCUAAAGGGGUCGGCCGUAUUGGAGCUCGCCUGCCCGCGCUGGCCGCCGCCGACGUCUGUGACAGUGUGCUGUCACUGUUCGCCGAAAAUGAGCGGGAAACUGCAUGGCAUGGUGGCUGUAUGGCGUUAGCGGAACUUGCUCGCCGCGGGCUGCUGUCCCCGGCGCAGGUGCGCGGCGGCGUGGCGGGCGCGGCGCGCGCGCUGCGGCGGGACGAGCCCCGCGCGGCGGCGGGCGGCGGCGGCGGCCGCGCGGCCCGGGACGCCGCCUGCCACGCCGCCUGGGCCUUCGCCCGGGCGUACGACGCGCCCGCACUCGCGCCCUACGCCACGCAGCUCGCUAAUGCAUUGAUUACCACUGCCUGCUUCGAUCGCGAGAUAAACUGCCGCCGAGCUGCCUCCGCAGCUUACCAAGAGAAUGUCGGUAGACACGGCUUAUUUCCACACGGUAUCGAGGUCCUAACAACAGCUGACUUCCAGUCAGUGGGGCCCAGGAACAACGCGUACCUCGUCAUCGCGCCUCAAGUAGCCGCUUUCCCCGAGUACACUCAGCCACUUGUCGACCAUCUCGUAGACUUGAAAGUGGAACACUGGGAUUAUGCCAUCCGCGAAAUCGCUGCAAAAGCUCUUAACAAGCUGACUGACAAGAUUCCUGACUACGUUGCGACGACAGUACUUCCGAAGCUGGUGAAGAAGACCGAGUCCAUUGAUCUGAAUGUUCGACAUGGAGCAAUCCUCGCUAUCGGUGAAGCUAUUUAUGCCUUGUCGCAGUGCAAAUUGCCAAAUGGCAAGGCGGCGGACUCCCUGAUCUCGGGCGAGGUGUCGCAGGCAGUCCGCGGGCUGGCGGGCGCGCUGCGGGCGCGGCAGCAGUUCCGCGGGCUGGGCGGCGAGCUCAUGCGCCAGGCCUGCUGCCACUGCAUCGCCCAGCUGGCCCGCGCCGCCGCGCCAUACCACGGACAUGAUAUCAUCGAUGAUUGGCUAAACUUGAUUGAAGAAUGUCUCUCACACGAAGUUCAGAUUAUCCGCGAGAAGGCAAUCUACGCAUUGCCUUUGGUGUUUGAUCAGUAUUUACGCGAUGACAAUCUGAAAUACGGUGAUAUCACUGUUAAGGAGAAGCGUAAGCAACUAAUUGAGAAGUACUGCAGUCAAUUGAGCAAUACCGGUGUUAACGGCCUGGUGCUGAGGAUGGGGUAUGCUAGGGCUGUUGGAUCCCUCCCAAAAUCGGUGCUAACCGAACACUUACCGAUUGUGAUUAAGUCGUUAAUCGAUUGCACUAAGCUCGCUGAAGGCACCCAGAAAUGGGCCGAAGCUCGUCGCGACGCCGUCGUCGGUCUAACAGAGGUGUGCCAAACACAGGGCAUUGUGAAUGGCGUAGAGAACUAUGUAGGAGAGAUCGUGGCUGCGCUUCUAGACUGUUUGUCUGAGUAUACCAUCGAUAUGAGAGGUGAUAUCGGUGCUUGGGUGAGGGAGGCCAGUAUGACAGGUCUGUUAUCCAUCAGCCGUCAAUGUGCCAUCGAAGCUCCUCACCUGAACUCGCCACAAGUGAUCAAGGAAAUCAUGUGCGGCGUCGCUCAACAAGCGGUCGAAAAAAUUGACCGAACAAGAGCACAUGCAGGCAGAAUCUUCACUUCCUUGAUCUACAAUGAUCCUCCGAUUUCGAACAUACCGCACCACGAGGCCUUAAAGCGUAUAUUCCCGUGCGAAGAAGUUGAAUUGAAGCCUCAAUCUAAAGACGUUGAUGAUAAUGAACAGACGAUGACCAGUGAGAAUUCCAACGUUGUGUUAUGGUUGUUCCCGGGGCAUACGAUGCCGAGAUUCGUGCAACUUCUCAACUAUUCCGACUACAGAUACAAUGUUAUUAAGGGAUUGGUGGUCAGUGCUGGCGAAUUGACCGAGAGCUUAGUAAAACACACAACACAAUCUCUCUACGCAUAUUUGAAUACGCUACACAGCGACAAGGAAAUGUUGACGUCAAUUUGUGACACGAUUAUUCAAGUAUUUGCCGACAACUUACACGUCAAGAGGAUUACAGGACCUAUGUUCAAUUUCUUGGAUCGGUUAUUGAGUUCAGGUUCAAUUUCGCCGAUACUAGAUGACCCAGAUUCUAAGUUCGCUAUGGAUAUAUUGAAAUACUUGCAACUGGAAUUGCGCGGAGGGAAGAAUAUUUACAAGCUUUUGGAUUCCAUCAAUGUUUUGUGUCAAUUGAUUCAGGUGGGCGGCGGCGUGUGCUCGCGCUCGCUGGGGCAGCUGGUGGUGUACCUGUGCUACGCGGACCGCUACGUGCGCCGCUGCGCCGCCGCGCGCCUGUACGAGGCGCUCACGCUGUACGGGGACGCCGCCGCCGUGCCGCAGGGGGACGUCGACCAGGUACUAUCAGUUCUGGCGGAAACCGACUGGGAAAAGGAAGUGUCUGAACUGAGGCCAAUCAGGAACGACCUUUGUGAUCUCCUGCGUAUUAAACAACCAGUCAUGAAACAGAAGCCAACGUAAGAAAGCGAAACUGUAUCCGUAGCUUAUACGCUUGAGAUUAGUUGUCACAAUAUAAUUGAUGACUUAAGGCGACAUAUACACAAGUCUCACCAUAUUUUUUUACUUUAUAAAAUUUUGCAAUGUUUUUAUUGCAGUUUUAGACCCAAAA